AUGCCCAACAGAACUUCUGCCUCAAUCUUUCCCUUUAGCGUCUCGAAACUCUCGGUGGAUCCCCUAAGCCUUACUGCAAACGUCAUCACUGUGCUUCAGCUAGCAAAUUCGAUCCUAUCGGUCUGCUACGACGUCCGCGCUACUAUUAAGAAAGCUCCAUGGUCCCUGACGAGAGUGCUGGACGAAGUAAGGGAUCUUCGCAAUGUGUUGGAGAAACUUGAAGAGGUCUCAGAAAAACUGGACGACUCGUGCAACCCCGACGAGAAGCGGUUGCGAGCGUUCACGCUGCUUUCCGAGCCAGAUGUUGUGCCUCUUGCUUGCUGCCGCCAGGAGCUCGUUGCUUUGGAGAAGAAGAUCGCCUCGUCUUACGGGUCAGGGAAGUCUAUUUCGAAGCUUCGAGCUUUUAUUCAGGUCAUGGGCUGGCAGCUGAAAGAAAACGACGCCAAAUCCUGCCUUGAGAGGGUCGACCGAUGCAAGACUACAAUCCUCCUCGCUAUGACGGCGGAUGAAGCGUAUGUACUGGCCUUGGCCUUGUAA